GAAACCAAACUAACAUCACUCCCAACGAUGUCACCGAAGGAACUCCAAGAAUUUAUCCGAAGGCGUUAUGGACUGCGAAAGCAUCCCUCAAACGGUGACAUUUGGCUCAACACAAGCACUGGUAUAUCACAAACAACACCACAAUCCAGAUAUCAAACGUCGACUACUUCAUCGCCGAUCAAUACGUUCAUCAAAGAAUAUAAAUAUCGUGUGAUUGCCAAUGAAAGCAACAGUACUGCCAGUUAUUCACGAUUUCAUUUCAGUGACGACCAAAACAUUGAACGCCAGAGUCGGCCGACAUUUGAGAUCGAGAUUAUGGAAGAAGACGACAGAGAUCUACCAAAAAGACUUUUACAGGUGACAGUUAGUGAUGAUAAAUAUCAGCUCAAAGAAGUCAUUUACACAUUUAAUGGCGACGGAGUGGACCUCAAGAAUCAAACAAGAAAUAAAUUUGCCAUAAAUUCAACGUCCGGUGAGAUCUAUGCCUUGUGUGCAUUGGACAGGGAUCAGCCAUUUGGUAAACCCCAAUGGAAACUGGCUGUUCAUGCAAAGGAUGCUAAAAGUGGUCAAUUAGUGGGUUUUGCGGAUGUGAUCAUCAAUUUGAAAGAUAUUAACGAUAACCCGCCCUUCUUUGUGAACAAAUAUUUUUGGGCUAAUGUUACUGAAAAUGGCAGAACUGAUCAAUAUGUGACUACAGUUAUUGCCAUUGAUGUCGACGAUCCAUAUGAAGGAAAUAAUGCAAAGAUUACUUAUAAUAUUAAAGAUAAUCAGGUGAACGAAAGAGGGGAACUCAUAUUUGGUAUCGACUCCAAUACCGGUGUCAUCACAACUGAAGUUUGUUGUCUCGACAGAGAAUUGCACUCUCAGUACAAAAUCAAAGUCAUUGCCAGCGAUGGCGAAGGACUUAAGGCGACAACAACUGUGACCAUAACAGUGAACGACGUCAACGAUAUGUCUCCAAAGUUUACAAAACACGAGUGGUUUGCAGAUAUCGAUGAGAUUUAUAUCAAUAAUACAAACGUCGAGUCAAUGCAAUCACAAAUGCCUAUACUUAUAGUGACUGUUAUUGAUUUGGAUUUGUUUGAAACAAAUAACUUUUCGUUUAAAAUAAUUAAAAACAAUGCAUUCAGUGAUCACUUUUCAUUGACGGCCAAUACCGACGACUUUGCCAAUAAUAUAGCCAGUGCUUCACUAAAAGUGAUCAAAACUCUGGACUACGAGGAUAUCAAUCAAAGAGAUAUCAAUUUGACGAUUGGUGUCAGUGAUAUCGGACCUGAUUUUACUAAUGCAUAUCAUACUGACUAUUGUGUGGUUUACAUCAGAUUACGUGAUAUCAACGAUAAUUAUCAACAAUUUGUUAAUGAUAUCAACCAUCACAUACCGUGCCGUAUGACUGAGGCAUCAAAACUGUGUGCCUGUCCUCACAACAGCAACAAUACUGAAUGCAGUCAAACAAACAGUAAUUUUAUUUCUAAUUUCAGCACAAUUGCCAUCUCUGCCAUCAUUUUUUUUAUCAUUGCAUUAGUUUUAAUUUAUAUAAGAUAUAAGAGAAAAGUUAGGCAAAAAAUAACUAAAACUCAUAAAGAAAACAAUGACGAAAACCAUGCAUUUGAUGGAAACGGUAGCCAUGAAUAUGAGAUGAAUGACAAAACAAGAGCUGAUCUCAGUUGUGAUUGCAUUAAAAAGGAGAAGAAAACAACAAAAAGAGUUCGUUUGGAUCCAAAUUCUGUGGUCAUUAACUUUGAUAGUAAUGAUCAAGAUUUGCAUAAAAAUUCUUUAAGUCCACAACAACAACAACAUAUAGGUGCCGAUGAAUUAGCCGAUAUUAUCCGCGAUCACAUCGAAAAAAUCGAUCUUCAAAUGGAUGAACCCAUUGAUAACGUAUGCAUUUAUGCCGUCGAAGGCAAUGAAGACAAUACCGUUUGCUCCCUCAGCUCAUUAUCGUCGAUGUCAUCAAUUCAAUACAUAGUCUACACCACUGCCGGCGCUAACAGUACUAACAUUUCAAGUAAUGUCAGACAACAGUACUCAAUGUAG